AACAAACAUUAUUAAUUUAAAUAAAGCAUAGUGUACAUAUCUCAAGUAGUAUUCGAACCAAAAAAAAUACAGUUUUCCGCAAGUGAACACUAGAUUAUAGAAGCUUCUCGAAUGUGCUUCCAUCGACUGGACAAGUCUUUUCGCCUCGUUCGAUCAAACGUCAUUUGAAGUUGAACGAAUCUCGUGUGAGGAAGUGCUUGUACGGCGUGAUUUUUGCUGUGCUCGUUUUCUGUGCUCGUGAAUACUGGAAAUUAGUGCCCUUAGAAGUAUCCUAACUUGUGAUUAACAAUCUAUAAGCAACAGAAAAGACAAGUCUAGCCAAGAUGGUGAAAGAAACAACAUUCUAUGAUAUAUUGGGCGUAAAACCCAACUGCACCACAGAUGAAUUGAAAAAGGCUUAUAGAAAACUGGCACUCAAAUACCACCCAGACAAAAACCCAAAUGAAGGAGAACGAUUCAAACAGAUUUCACAAGCCUAUGAAGUAUUGUCCAACCCAGACAAGAGGCGCAUUUAUGAUCAAGGUGGUGAACAAGCAUUAAAAGAAGGAGGAGUUGGAGCAAGUGGCUUCUCCUCACCAAUGGACUUGUUUGACAUGUUCUUUGGCGGUGGAUUCAGUGGUGGUCGCAGACGAGGUCGUGAACGCAAGGGCAAAGAUGUUAUUCACCAACUGUCAGUAACACUUGAAGAGCUUUACCGUGGCGCUGUAAGAAAGUUGGCUUUGCAGAAGAAUGUCAUUUGUGAGAAAUGUGAGGGUCGUGGUGGCAAAAAGGGUGCUGUGCAGACAUGCCCGACUUGCCGUGGUACAGGUAUGCAAGUUCAAAUCCAGCAAUUGGCUCCUGGCAUGAUUCACCAAAUACAAACAGUGUGUAGUGAAUGCCGUGGACAGAGGGAGAUUAUUGAUCCCAAGGACCGCUGCAAAGUAUGCCAGGGACGUAAGACUGUGCGAGACCGCAAAAUUCUUGAAGUCCAUGUUGACAAGGGUAUGACUGAUGGCCAGAAAAUCGUCUUCAGUGGAGAAGGUGAUCAAGAACCAGAACUUGAGCCUGGUGAUCUUGUCAUAGUAUUAGAUGAGAAAGAGCAUGAAGUUUUCAAACGCUCUAGUAAUGAUCUCAUAAUCCGGUUGAACAUUGAGUUGGUUGAGGCUCUCUGUGGCUUCCAGAAAGUCAUCCGAACCCUAGAUGAUAGGGAUAUCGUGAUAACUGUUCUUCCUGGUGAAGUCACUAAGCAUGGGGAUGUUAAGUGUGUGAUGAAUGAAGGUAUGCCAAUGUACAAAAAUCCAUUUGAAAAGGGCCAGCUUAUCAUCCAGUUCCUGGUCAACUUCCCAGCUCGCAUUCCACCUGAAGUCAUUCCUGCGCUUGAAAACUGCCUUCCAGCACGUCCAAGAAUCGAAAUUCCUGAACUAGCUGAGGAGUGUCAGUUAAUUGACUUAGACCCAGAACAUGACUCGCGUCCGCGACGCGGUCACCAAGGCAAUGCUUAUGAAGAAGAUGAUGAACAUCCUGGUAUGAAUAGGGUACAAUGCGCUACUAGCUAAGACGUCGCCGCACAUCCGCCAAACAACCGCCUGCGAUGGACCUGAUCCAACAAAGAACUACUAAUUGAAAUAUUAAUAGCAAUGAAAUUAUGUUAUAUACAUAUACAUAAUGAUAGAAGUUAUACAAGCUAAUAUUGUGAAUAGUUUGUAUGCAUUAUCAUACAUCGUAACAUUGAAAUUACAUCAUACCUUAAUAUUUUAUGUACCAUUUUUUUUUUCAAUUUUUCAGGCCAACAUUUUAUUCAAAUGUCAUUCAUGUGUUAACCCAUUUCAUUGUAUGUAACACAUUAAUUAUGAUGCUAUUUGUAUUUCAUGAAGUGUAAGGCAAUAUUAGCUUUUAAUUAAAUUAUAUGUGACUGGCUACUAGUUUUUCAAUUUAUAUCGUAAUGUUAACAUCACAUUCUACUGCUUUCUUAUCCUGUUCUUAAGGAAGCCCAUGUGAAGCUAUGCAACUUAAGUUUUAGUUCUUUCUGAAACCAGCAUUGUGUAGGUAAUUUUAAGUUAAACUUAUUAGUAUCAACGUAGGUCCAUUGUCCAAGGUAAUAAAUUAAUUUUGGUUCUUAAUCUUUGCUGUGAUUUAGUUUUCUAUCAAUAUACCUCUUUUAGACUCAAUUUAUCUAUUCAGAACAUAAGUAUUUAUAAACCAUCAAGGCAUGUCUGCCAAUAUUCAUUUCUUAAUUUUUUUUUUACAUAUUUAGUGGUUCAAUUUUUGCAAUUGCUCUAUUUUAUUGUGACGAGUUCUUUGCUUUAGAAAUGAAAGCAUAUUCAGUUCUUUGGUAAACAAUACACGCAGCAUAGUAAUUGAUUAACCACAAUUUUGUAAGAUAAAAAACAUGUUUUUAAGUCAUGGAAAAUAUUGUAGGCGAAUUAUCAAAAACAUUUCUAAUUUUAAAAUAUUGCACUGAAAAUAUUAGACAAUUUAUUUUAUUGUGACUAUCUAUGUAUAAAUCAAACAUACAACUUUUAUUUAAAGUAUAGCUAAAUGCACUGUAUGCUAGUAUAAGGUGUUGUAAUGGGAACAUACCAUAGUAUAGGCCUGUGAUUCGUAACGACUUGUGGUUGAAUGGUUUUAUGGCUUGUCACUUUAUUCUCAUAUAAAUAGCUGAGGUUUAGUUCAUAAAUAAACUUUUUGUCUCAAAA